AGGAGGGAUAAACUGAGGCACGGGGGAAAAGAGGAAUGGGGAGGAAUGGACAAGUAUGUAAAUGGAUGGACAGAUGGGAUGGAUAGUUGCUGCUCCGUGGUCCUUACUCGCCCAAGACGCAGAAUUCUGCAGCCCCUUGGAGAUCAGAGUGUUCAAACUCUACCUACAGACGCCCCUCCGCCUCCACCGCGUCAAACCCUCACCCGAGAUUCGCAGACUCCUUCCCCAGCCUUGGGGACCUUUGAAGGCAUCCUGUGUCCGCCAGAGAUGCAAGGACCAGUCCAACCCCAUUGACAAUCAAACUCACCCACUGCCGCCGCGGAUCCUAGCAGCCCAGCCCCCUCCCAAAAGGCCUGGCACCAGUCACCUAGCCCAGUACACCCUCCCCGGGGACCUAGGAGUCCCAGCCAUCCUCCGGAGCCCCUUGGGACACGGGCGUCGGAGCCCCGGCCCCCGCCUUCCGGAUCCAGGUGUCCCCUCCGCACACCCAGCCCGAAGCCUGCGUCUCGAGGCCGCGCUCGCGUCGCCAUGGCAACGGGAGUCUAUUUUGCGCCGGGAACACACAGCUCCCUCCGCAGCGCCCCCCACCCACCCUGCUCAAGAGUGAGGGGCUCAAAGGGCGGGGGACAGUGCAGUGAUGAGGAUGAGACACUUAGAAGGGACCGAGUUCCUUGGACAAACAUGCAGAGAUUGAGAGAGCCCCUGACAGAGGAACUGGGUGUGGAAAUUACAAGGAGGAUACAGAUCCAGGCGGGGGAGGUUGGGGAUGGAGGGCCCAGAGAGAUCGGGACAGAGUCCUAGACAGACGCAGAGAUGCAGAGGAUCAGACACAGGGACCCGACGGCAGAGCCAGGUUAGAAAGAGAAAAGCCGGCUGGACGUAGGCACGGGUCCUGAGAAGAAGGUGGACAGAGUCUUUAGGCAGGGACCCCUGACAGCCCAGACAAAGUACCGCUGCAUGUGAUAUCCGCUCUACCCCUAGCAAGGAUUUGGGGGAUCUUUCCCCAGUGCUACCGUAGCCCGGACCCGCUCCUCUCCUCUCCCUUCUUCUACAGGUCCCCAAUCUUGCCUGCUUUCCGCAUUCCUACCUCAAGUCAUCUUUCUAAUCCCUGAGACUCCUAGGAACCCCUUCCACAUGCUCCUAACCCCUUCCUUGAUCUGCGCACCACCACCACCACCUCCGCAGCCGCCCCCUACAGACCCCACUCGGGCCAUUUUAGAGGCUCAGGUCCUUUAUUGGUUGUGCCCUCCCCAUCUCUAGGUCUCACUUCUCUCACUCUCUUUUACUUCCCCUCCUAAUCCCAAGGCCUCUGUUUCUCUCUGUGUGUCUCUCUGUGUGUCUCUCUGUCUCUGUCUCUCUCUGUCUGUCUUUGUCUACUUUUCAUCACUACCCAUCCUUCCGGUACCACCUUCUGUGGGUUUGUAUCUCUUUCCUGGCUGAUUAUCUCUGUCUUCCUGUUUGCGUCUGCAUUCCCCUUUUCCUGGAUCCUGUUCCUCUGUCCCUUUCUCGCUUCUCCGCUUCUCCGGCACCCUCACCACGCCUCCCCCCACCUGCUGCUGUUCUCUGCAAGGACCCUCCGGAGGCAUUCAGAUCCACCCAGCCCAGCCCACUUCUGACAUCCUAGCCAGCAUUCUCCACCCCCAGCUGGCAGGAAUGGGAUAAGACUUGUUGGGGGCUUCCUUUUCCGAGCCUGGCUCCUUUUCUUUGUAACCACCUUGUGUCACUCAAGUCCUGAACUGGAUUUGAGAACCAAGCAAGGUGCAACCAAAGGAAGAACCGGGGUUUUGGGCCUCCUUUCCCACCCACCCGCUCUGGCUGUGGAGGAGGACAUUGCCUUUCCUCCCUUCGUAAAAACUUCUGUACGCCCCUCCUCCGUCCCCGCUAAUUCUUUCUUUUCUCCUGCUGAGCCCUUCUCUCGUCGCUCCCUUUGCCCUCCCCUCCCACCGCUGCAAUUCGGCUCCGGGAUCCGCAGCCUGGCGUCCCGGUGUGCACCAUGCCGGCCCUGCUGUUGAUCGGGACCGUCGCGCUGCUAGCCUCCACCGCGGGCCCGGUGGGGGCGCGCCCAUCCAACGACACAAGCGCCGUGGCCCCGGGCCCGCUGCCCGCGCUACUCGCGCACCUGCGGCGCCUGACCGGGGCUCUGGCGGGCGGCGGGAGCGCAGCGGGCGCCAACGCCAACGCCACCAAGACCAGCCCCGCGGGUGGCACGGGUGCAGCGGCACGGGCGCCCCCUCCGGCCGAGCUCUGCCAUGGCUACUACGAUGUCAUGGGCCAGUACGACGCCACCUUCAACUGCAGCACCGGCUCCUACCGCUUCUGCUGUGGCACCUGCCACUACCGUUUCUGCUGCGAGCACCGCCACAUGCGCCUGGCGCAGGCCUCCUGCUCCAACUACGACACACCACGCUGGGCCACCACGCCCCCGCCGCUGGCUGGAGGCGCCGGGGGCGCUGGGGGUGCGGGUGGGGGGCCAGGGCCAGGCCAGGCAGGGUGGCUGGAAGGGGGCAGGGCCGGGGGCGCUGGGGGUCGUGGGGGAGAGGGCCCAGGGGGCAGCACAGCCUACGUGGUGUGCGGAGUCAUCAGUUUCGCUCUGGCGGUGGGCGUCGGUGCCAAAGUGGCCUUCAGCAAGGCGUCACGUGCGCCCAGGGCGCACCGGGAGAUCAACGUGCCCAGAGCUCUGGUGGAUAUUCUCAGGCAUCAAGCAGGACCUGCAACCCGCCCGGACCGGGCCAGAAGCAGUUCUCUGACCCCAGGGCUGGGAGGCCCAGAGAGCAUGGCCCCUAGGACGCCCAAGAACCUUUACAACACCAUGAAGCCCUCCAACCUUGAUAACCUGCACUACAACGUCAACAGUCCCAAGCACCGCGCCGCCACACUGGACUGGCGUGCUAUGCCACCGCCCAGCCCUUCCCUGCACUACUCUACGCUGUCCUGCUCUCGAUCCUUCCACAACCUCUCUCAUCUUCCCCCAUCGUAUGAGGCGGCUGUGAAAUCAGAAUUGAAUCGAUACUCUUCCCUCAAGAGACUGGCUGAGAAAGAUCUGGAUGAAGCCUACCUGAAGCGCAGACAUCUAGAGAUGCCACGUGGAACACUGCCUUUGCAUGCACUCCGGCGGCCAGGCACUGGAGGUGGCUACCGCAUGGAUGGCUGGGGUGGCCCUGAGGAGCUGGGCCUGGCACCGGCACCCAACCCCCGGCGGGUUAUGUCCCAGGAGCACCUGCUGGGUGAUGGCGGCCGAGCUUCCCGCUAUGAGUUCACAUUGCCUCGAGCGCGCCUGGUGUCUCAAGAACACCUGCUGCUAUCCUCACCGGAGGCGCUUCGCCAGAGUCGCGAGCACCUGCUGUCACCCCCACGAAGUCCUGCACUGCCCCCAGAUCCCACCACCCGGGCCAGCCUGGCUGCCUCACACUCCAACCUGCUGCUGGGGCCUGGGGGCCCCCCCACACCCCUGCAUGGGUUGCCUCCAUCAGGCCUGCAUGCCCACCAUCACCAUGCCCUUCAUGGCUCUCCUCAGCCAGCCUGGAUGUCUGAUGCGGGCGGGGGUGGGGGCACACUGGCCCGCAGGCCACCCUUUCAGCGCCAGGGAACCCUGGAGCAGCUGCAGUUCAUUCCUGGGCACCACUUGCCCCAGCACCUGCGCACUGCCAGCAAGAACGAAGUGACUGUCUGAGGCCGGGUGAAGUGCUGGGGGCUGUGGCUUCCGAGGCCCCCUUCUUCCAGCCCAGAUCUCCAUCACAGGCUUAUCAUACACACCAAGGGUCUGAGACCAGAUGGGCCCUUGGACCGGAGACCACGCCUCCUUUUGGGAUGUUACAGUAGAUGAGAUCUCUCCUCCUACUUUGUCACUAUUUGAACCAAGGCCUCCCUCCCAUGAUGUCAUCCCAGAGGAAGGAGGCCUGUACAUGAGGUCAUUGCUAGCAAAUAUGUCUGUGUUUUAUGAUGUCAUUGCAGGGACUAAACCUCCUUCCUAUGAGGUCACCACAGAGGAAGAGCCCUGCCUAUGAGGUCAUCACUAGAGGUUAUGUCGAUUUUGCAUGGCAUCACCACAGAGACUCCUUUCCCGUGAUGUCACCACAGACAAUGCCUUGUCCCAUCCUGUCAUCCCUAGAAACAAAAAUUUCUUCCUGAAGUGUCACUACGGAGAUAAGUCUCACACUUCUUGAGACUUGUUGACAUCAUCCUGACUGAGCGCCGAGGCCUCUUGCAAUUAUCAUCACGGGAAACAUGUUUCUCUGCCGUGGAGAAGAUGCCGCCGCCUUUCCAUGAUGCCACCACAACAGACAAAGCCAUUUUCCUGGGACACAUUGCAGGGUACCAUGCCCUGCCAAUUUUGUCCUCACUAAAGAUUAGGCCUCCUUUCCACAAUGCUGUCACGGGAUUUUGCCUCCCUCCUGUGAUGCCAUCACCAGAAUAGGUGCCUUGCCCAAUGUCGCCAUCACAGGGACCGUGCCUCUUCAUGUGAUGUCAUUACCAAUAAUGACCACCUGUUCCUGGGACCUCUCCAGGGUGAGGCCCUUCUGUGGUGUGGCCACCAGAUAACACCCACUUGGAAAUGACACCAGGAGACACCUCUAUUUCUCUGCCAUGUCGUGAGAAAGUUGGGCAUGUGUAGCCCAAGACCACCUGGGAAGAGGCCAGAGAAAGUAGUCGGUCCUGAGAUAUAAUAUGAAGGGUGUCGGCACUAGGGAUGCUAAGACAGAGAUCUGUCUGUAGGAUGCUGGUGAUGAUGCCCUCCAUUGCGUGGACAUCAUCAUAGAGUGCUUCCAUCUCAGAGGUGGUCCCCACUCUAGAUGACCAAUAGUAGUGAUUGCAUAAUGAUUAUGUCAUCAGAGUCCUUAUCUUACUUCCCUAUAACUAAGUCCGUGGCUUCUUCCCAUGACCCCAGGGACAUAGCCAACAGGAUGUCUACUAGCCCCUCUAAAGGAACGUUGGGCCUGUGCAGUGAGUCCUUGGGGAUGGCACCCAUGGAUGAGCUUCAGCUCCAAAGCCACUCUGACCCAUGAGGCUUCUAAAGUCGUAGGACUCAUAGGUGAGCCAAAGGGUGGCAUCACUUCUUUCUGCCAUAUCUAAAGAUAUCAACUCUGUCAAUAGAGGCCCCAUCUCUACUGGAGGGGGAGGGUUGGGGUAAAUGUGCUGCUGACCUUACCAAUGAUAUUACCAUUGACACCCAGUGUCCUCCUUUCAUAAUGGCAUAGCAGUCGGGGUCCAAUGUUAACUGUGUCAUUUUCCAGGAUUCCAUAGGACUCACCUCAACUACCAUAUCAUCUCCCAGGCAUUAUCACCAUUAAUGGUAUCAUCAUUGUCUCCCAAGAUUCCUCCCAACCAUGGUGUUAUCAUCUCCCAGGGUUCAAACAACAUGUUGUCAUGAUGUCCCAGGAUCCACAAGCUUGUUCUCAUCGCUUCCCAGAAUCCUUCACAACAUGCUCACCUCAUCACCUCCUGGGAUCCAUCACAGCCUGGGGGGUCUUUAUCAUCUCCCAGCCAUCUCAACCAUACAGUCCUCACCAUCUCCCAGGAUCCAUCAGAACCAUGCUGUCCUUACCUCUCAGGAGCCAGUACAACCAUGGUGUCCUUGUCUCCCAGGCUGUGCAAUGGAUAAUGAUGUCCUCAUUUUCCAAAAAUCCAUUAUGCCUCUCUACCAGGACUUGUUAGGACUGAUGGAGCCAGUGUUUCUCAUAAUUCCUUAUAAUUGCAGUGUCACCUCCCAGGAUCCACUUUAACCAUGUCUUCAUGUUUCAGUAGCCACCACAGCUAUGAUGUCACCACUUCAUAAAAUCCAUUCCAACUGUGGUGUCCUUGUGUUGUUACAUCCCAGGAUCUAUCUGAUAAUGUCACGAGUAUCCUAUAUUCAAUGAGAAUCCAUGAAAACCAUCAUUCUGUCACCUCCCUGGACCCAUCAAUUAUGACCUAUCAUGACUCAUUGGGAUUAACUGUUACCAUGGUGCCAUCACCUCCAAGCAGCCAUAAUAGCCAAUGGUGUCUUCAUUCCCCAGGACCCACUUUAACCCCAGUGUCUCCAUGACUUAGGAUUUCUGAAAUCCAGUGAUAUCAUCUCUCCAGUCUACCAUAACCACAGUUGUCAUCACCUUUUGGACCCAUGACAGCAAAUAAUGUCAUCUUUUCCCAGAGUACGCUUCAGCCAUGGUGCCAUCCUCUCCCAGAAUCCAUGUAAAACUGUGUGUCCUCAUCUUCCAGGACCCAUGGCAAUUGUGUGCCAUCUGCCAGGACCCACCAUCUUAGGGUCCAAAUGCUGUGACAAGCUGUAUUUCAAUUGUCCUCUGGGGAACCAGCACAACAGGCCAUUUCCCAUUCCCUCCAAUGGACUGGGGUGGAGCCAGCUAUCUCCCUCUGAUAAUGUCACCCUCUACUCUGGCCCUUCUUAAUCGUCACUGCCUCAUUCCUGAUCCAAAUAGAUAUCUGGAUCAGCUUCACCUACAGACUUGGCCUUGGCCAGCUUCCUUCCACUCACUGGUGAGUGCAUCCAAACUCUUCUUGGAUUACCACUGUCCCUUGCCCAGCCAUCUGAUCGGUGACAGGGUCAUCUCUGUGACCUCUCCACAGCAGCAACAGAGAGGGAGCUUCCCAGCCCUUAGAUGGCAUCACUGCCCUACCCAACUCCAUCCCUGGUACUUGGUCCCAACCAGGAUCAGAACUUGCUAGCUUGGACCAAGCUCUCUUUAGAGAGGAUGUGUGAGGUGCCACAGCUGAUAAACCACCUGAUGGCCUAGUCCUGGGCUGGGUAUAUCCGAGAGCAAUGGCCCCUGCUACCUUUACCUGAAAAGGCCAAGGGUGCUCCUUCGCCCCUUUCCCUAACAUUCCAGGGAGUACCCAGGGGCUUCAAGGAGUCCCUAAUACCCAGUGCACAAUCUUACCCUGCCACAUCCAGUUCUCUGUACAUAUAGCCAUGUUUCAGGGGGGCGGCCAUUCCCCACUAUUAAAGGGCUACAUGCCCCCCUCCCAGCCCCUAAGGCAAGGAGGGGGGCUCUUCUCCCUCCUCUGGGCCGCCCUCUCCCUCUUAUGCCUCCCUCCCCCACCAAAUAUUGGCCUCUGUGGCCAUCCCUUCUUGCCCAGAGCCUAGAUGGGAUAGAUGGUGCCAGGCUCUCACCAAGCUGAGGAUAGUAGGAGGUUACCACCAAUCUUCCUAAACUCCAGCACCAGGUUUUCUGUUUCCCAACUAUAGAUGCUCUGUGGGCUCCCCAUCCAUUCUAGGACCUCCCUUUAAGCGUGCUUAACACUCCCACGGAACACACAGCUUUUUUCAGCCCCCAGCAUUGGAGGGGUUCAGGAGCUUUCAGCUUUUGUUUGCCCGUUCUCUCCCUCCCUCUUUCCCCCAACCUGAAUUCCUUCCUGGGAUCUGCCCUUACCCCAGCCUCUGCCCUCCACCUGCCUGACCCUGGAGUCUUGACCUCUUAUUUUAAUAAAGCCAUAGUGGGGAGAGGUCUUGAGGGUGGGCCAGCAGGCCCUGUUCUGCUCAUCCCCCACCAUCACCACGAUGCUUCCAGAGCUCCAGAGCGGGGACUUAGCCUUCUGAGUCUUCCCCUCCCCUUCCCCUCUGCUCCCCAGUAAACACAAACACACAUGGACAAGGCAUGCGCUGCCCUGAAGGAAAGCCCCCUUCUGGUUGGGGGCUGCAGAGGGGGUGUCAGAGACAAGAUCAAAAGUGCCACACCAGAGGUUCCUCCACACCUCUGAACCCCAUUCUUACUCCCCUCCUCACUCUUCCUCCCUGUGCUGGACUCACCUUCAACUUCCUGGUGAGGACAGCAAGAGGAGCUGGCACUUGGUUGGGGGUAGAGUGUUGUUUUUUGUUUUGGAAUAAACAGCUGUUUUCCUGA